GGUACCGGGUGCUGCCGGGCGGCCGGAUGACUUGCCUCUCCCGUCAAUCUUACGGACGGACUUCUUUUCGUCCAACCUGACGAGACGAUGACUUGAGGAGUGACGUGGCCAGCAGCCUAGGUGUGCGCUGAUGUGACGGUGCAUCGAACUGCUGGUAGUGCAUGUCAGUCGUCCUGUUGAAUUGUUGGGUUUCUGAACGAGCGAUCUGAAGUUCUUUUUCCCCUAACAAAGGAAAGGAGCUCCGUUUUGCUACCCGAGCUGCUUCGUCAGCCAACCGACGCGCACACGCAGUGGAGGUUUGGUAUGCGGCCGUGUGAUUGCGCGUGCAGAGAUGAUAAAAGAAAGAACUCGUGUGCACCGACGGCCGUGCAGGUUCGUGCACGAGGCGGAUUGGUGCCCCGGUACGAGUGCCAGUUAGUUUUUUUUUUUUUUUUAGCAGUGAGCGCCAGUUAGUUGACCGCAGUUCACUCUUCCACUGUGCGUGCCGGACUUUCGGCGGUUUCGCGAGUGCUAUGGGCCUUGUUUCAGAGGCCCAGGAACGUCGAGCGCAAGGAAAAUAUACAUUCGCGGCCUUUUGGGAGGAGGGCGGCGAAGCACGACCCGAGCUCGUGCGGCGGCGGCGGCGGCGGCGGCUUCGGUCCGAGGGAAGAUCCCAUUCUACUCGCCGGCGUCUGCGGCCGUAUAAUGGCAGCAGUCGUGAGCUGGUACGGGCCGCUGAUCGACCUGUCGGCGGCCGCCGGCCAUGUGGGUGGAUUCGUGCAGCUCCUGGCGUCCGUUCGCCGUGUCCUUCCCCACCAGGAACAAAAUGCCGCAACCGGAAGGACGUAUCAGAGAGUUAUUCUAGAGGUUGGUGACGAGACGAGGUCCAGCUUCUCCGUCUCUCUAUGGUCCAACAAUACCAGUUCUAGCAUAGUCGCCGGCGAUGUUUUACUGUUGCAGAAUAUUAAGAUGGUAGAAUUUAGAAAUGGCUUGGAGGGAAGAGCUUCUCAGAUGUCUGCAGUCCAAAUUUUGAUGAACUCGAAAGAUUUAGUGCAACCUGAAGGAAUUGAUGAAUUCUUAAUUAACUGUAAACUCGGGAAUGCUACAAGAUCAAAAUUAAGAAGAGUGUCAGAGUGGAUCGUACACACCAAACGUACUCGUGCAGAAAAUCAUCAGCAGGUGAUGUCGAAGAAUUGGAAAGAAAGAAUAAAAAAUGAUUCAGCAGACUUCUUGUCCAUCUCAGAACUACUACCUCAGAGCAAACCAUGUAAUUUGAAUAUUCAUGCAUCUAUUGGCAAAAUUGUCUUAAUGGGUUCUCUUAGACCUGAAUUGAAGGGGCAAUUGCCAGUCAUUGAGAAACAUUCCUUGAAUGGACAUAAUGAUAUCGUCAGAGAUUUUAUUACUACUGGAUGCAAGUUAUGUGGUUUACCUCUAUACCAAAAGAAUCUUCAUGGAGACAGUACUUAUCCAAUCGAUUGCCCUGAUAAUCCAAAGUACCUCCAUGUUGUUGGCCAGAUAUAUAAACCAUUCAUGAUCUAUGUGCAAGACCAAACUGGACAAGUUCCUGUGCUUGUGAAGAAUAAAGUUGCCGAGAUUCUAUUUUCAAAUAUCAAUGCAGAUGAUGUGUCUGAAUGCUACAAGAGCCGCCACUGCAUGCUGGUAGAUACUUGUGACUCUGGCCAGUCAAGCACUUGUGGGAUGCUAGAUGGCAGUGGCAAGACAGGCAUUGCUAAAAGGAAAAGAACCAAACAUAAGCUUGAUUUUCAUCUUAUCUGGCUCAUUGUUAUGAAAUGCCUGCUGAACCAAGGCAAGAACAGUCCAUUCUGCUUCCAGAUUUCGGUCAACCCCGGGAGAAAUGUUGAGGAUGGACGAUUUGAACUGAUUUCGUUGACAAUGCCAAUACCAUGAGAUGGGAAUUCUUCUUUUACCGCCUAUGUCAAACCAAACUAAUGGUUAUUAUGUGUCUCUACAAAAGGAAUUGAAGACCUGUUUUUCAUAGGUGAUUGUUGACUACACUAGAGGUGCUUUGGUGUUUCGAUGGUUUGCACAACGACAUGGUUAGGACGAUAGAAAUAUUAGACCACUAAUCUUCAGUUUUAGCAGGAUCAACUUAGCAGGAGCAAGGACCUAGCACAUUUAUGACCAAUCCUCGGUAACACUCUGCUCCUUAGUUGUAAAGAGGCCAUAUUCAAUUGGGAUCCCCAAUUAAAAUUGCAUCACCCGAUUUUGAUCACGUUAACAAUUUCAUAAAUAUUUCUCAUUCAA